UGUUUUUAUGGCUACUGUUCUGAAAUACCGACACCGUAACGGAGCUACCGAUGCAUUAGCGGACUCUACGCGAAUCCAACGGUCGACUAAUGAACUAUGGAACACUGCAACGUGGAAAGUCCGUUUGCGAAUUUGAUGUUUACAGUGUUAUCGGUUUGAAAAGUUCCGUUGUCUGGAGAGUUAGGUUUAGACGAAUUCGUCGAGGUGAUGGAAGCUCGUAUGUUUGAUAACAUAUUCGAGACGAAACACAUCCAACUCGAUUCCCACUACAAACCUGAAAUCUAUCAUCGGUAACAUCGAGCGCGACACCAAAAUGGUACAGGGGUGUCAAGACCCCCGAAGCUCAAACCAAAAUUCCCAUAAACGUCCGUGCUACUCCCAGUCUUCCGUCAACUCACGGCAACCGUUCCCGAUAUCUGAAGAAACAGGCACGGACAUAAGCGCGCGCUAUGCGCGAGACGCCAACUUCGUCCACGUCCAGUGACAGAUGAAAGAACUUCGCGAGCGUUGACAUUCAAUCAAACAAUGCCACCAUCCGUGUACGUGUCGCGGAUCAACCAGAUCGACGCGACGCAGUUGGACGAGGAGAUCUACAAGGUGCUGCGGAACCAGGUGAAACGAAUCACGGAGCAUCAACCGGUGGACGGUAUCGACCGGUGGCAGCCGGAGAUCGACGCGCUGCUGAAGUUCUUCGUCUGGUACUUCUCGCUGCGCCGCGGGAAGUCGACCUUCGGCCAGCAGUUGCUCAACCUGCACUACGAGAACCUGAACCGAGCGAAGUCCGUCCUCUACCUGAUUCUGACCGUUGUUCCAGCGUACGCGCGAGACAGGCUCGACGACACCGGCGGCAACGGCCGGCUGCGCGGCUGCUUGGACCGCAUCGCCAGCGCCGCGAAGCUGCUCGAGUUCAUCAAUUUGUUGGUCUUCCUGAACCGAGGAACGCAGCCGCGCGUGGUGGAGUUCCUGCUGGGCAUCAGGAGUCGUUCGACGACUACCCACAAGCCCAGGAAUAUUGGCUACUCUUACAUGACCAGAGAGCUCUUAUGGCACGGACUCAUGGAACUGUUCACCAUCGGUUUGCCUAUGAUUAACUUGCACUAUUGGAAACACGCGGUGAAGAGGCUGGUGUCGCGAGGCAGUCGGACCAGCGUGCUGCACUCGUCGCCGAGGAUGGACGCUGCCAGCAGAUGCGCUUACUGCAACGAGACACCGAUCAUGCCGAUGCACGCCGGCUGCGAGCAUCUCUUUUGUUAUUACUGCCUGACGGCCCAUUUCGCCGCCACCGAGCAAUUCCAGUGCGUCGAGUGCGGCGCACAGCUUCGACGUCAGGACGCGAGAACUUAUGAGGCGAGAUCCGAGACGAUCCACGCUGAAUGAAUAUUGUAUCCGGGAAUCGGUUGGCUCGAGUUUUCUAUUGUUUUCUAUUGUUUUCUAUUGUAUUAUACCGUAUUAUAUUGUAUCGCUGGUUACCGCGGACACGCAAACGCCAGAGAUACUUGUUUUUCUGUUUUUUAUUAAAAAAUAGCAAUACAAAAUUUUCUUUAUUCGCUUGGA